GGGAAGGGUGGCUCCAUGGCGGACAGUGAUGACGCAGAGCUUGUGGGGAUGGGACUUCGUGUCUCUGUAUCCCCUGUACAAACUGCCUUUUACGUCCUCCUGGUGCUGAUUGGCGUUGUGGGCAAUGCCACUGUGGUCGGGGUGAUUGGAAAGAGCAUCUUGAAGGACCACGGCGGGGGACGCAACUCAGACAUCAUCAUAGUCAACAUGGCUCUGUCGAACCUGCUGGUGUCUGUAAUGAGGAACACAUUGCUGGUCAUCUCAGACGUGGGACUGGAGCUGUACUCGUCCCAAGAAUGGUGCCAGUUCCUUAUGGGGAUUUGGGUGUGGCUUCGCUCUGUCAACGUGUGGUCAACGCUCUUCCUCAGCGCCUUUCACCUCCAGACCCUGAGGCGUGUGGCUCCUCCCGUUGGACACCCACAAGGGACCCGUGGCCCUCCCAAAUCCCUCCUACUGACCCUCGGCCUCAUCUGGCUGGCCAACUUUAUCUACUCCAUCCCCGCUCACAUCUUCUCCAAAAGUGGAAACCAGAACACCACCGAGACGCUGAUGCUGGUGAGCAGCACUACUCGGCCCCUCUUAGGCUGUGUGUGGAACUUCCCCAGCAGCUACAGUGGCCUUGCCUACGCCACCACCUCCAUGGUGAUCCAUGAAACGAUCCCCAUCAUCCUGAUGACCAUUACCAACCUGGGCUCCCUGUAUACACUCUAUGCCCACAGCAAGUUGCGCAGCUUGUUGCAAGAUGCUCCCGUCAUAAAACGGGUGCCGGCUGAGAGACGCGCAGCCAAGGUGAUUCUUUCCCUCAUCAUGCUCUUCAUCGCCUCCUGGGGAACUAGCAUUAUUUCCGUCAACUAUUUCAACUACAACCGUGGUUCCUCUGCCGACUUCCUUCUUCUCAUCGCACGCUACGCUAACAUCAUCUUCAUCGCCUCGUCACCCAUUGUUCUCGCUGUUGGACACAGACGGUUGCGCUCUUUCAUCAAGUCUGUGAUUGCACACUGAUGGAGUUCAGCCAGCACCACGGCCUACAUGUCUGUGAAUGUUCUCAUUCAUCCAGGUCAUGGUUAUCCAAAGGAGUUGAAUCAAGUCCAACUGGACUUAUAUAUACAGUGGGCAAAAUAAUUAUUAGACCCCUUGCUGAUUUUGUAAGUUUGCCCACUUACAACGAGUGCAACAGUCUAUAUAAUUUUAAGCGUAGGUUCAUUUUAACAGUGAGA